UUUUAACUUGUCCCUCAUUACUACAUUCAAACCGAUACCAAGCUGCUACGCAUUUAAUCACCGUACAUUGUCUCUCGCAUAAUCGCAACAUAUAAAUCUCCGUCACGAACACUAUGUCUCUAGGAAGAACCUAUAAGCUCAACUCGGGAUACGACAUCCCUGCUAUCGGACUAGGAACCUGGCUAUCCAAACCCCACGAGGUCGAAAAUGCCGUGGAAGCAGCUCUGCGUACCGGCUAUCGCCAUAUCGAUGCAGCAGCAUGUUACCUAAACGAGAACGAAGUAGGGAACGGUUGGAAGAAAUCGGGUGUUCCCCGAGAACAGCUUUUUAUCACGAGCAAGUUAUGGAAUACUCACCAUCACCCCGAACAUGUCGAGGAGGCAGUCGACAAGACGCUGAAAGAUCUUCAGACGGACUAUCUCGAUCUAUACCUGAUUCACUGGCCCGUCGCAUUCGAACAUACAAAUGAAACUCUCAUGCCUAUCGACCCAGUCACGAAGCGAUUUCGUCUAGCGGACGUUCCGAUCGCCGAUACAUGGGCGGCGCUGGAGAAGCUCGUGGAAGCAGGCAAGCUCCGAAGUAUCGGCGUUAGCAAUUUUACACAGGAGAAGAUCGACGAUCUUCUCAAGACGGCUCAGAUUCCCCCGGCUGUAAAUCAAAUCGAGGCCCAUCCUUAUCUCCAACAGCCUGGCUUACACAAGUACCUCAAGGGGAAGAAUAUCCUUUCCGUCGCUUAUAGCCCUCUGGGCAAUAACAUCUACAAUGCCCCACGCGUCGUCGACGACCCCGCCGUCAAAGAAAUUGCCACGAAGCUGGGCAAAGACCCCGCAGCUCUCUUGAUCUCCUGGGCCGUCCAGCGCGGUACUGCGGUGCUCCCGAAGAGUGUCACUCCCUCGCGAAUUGAAAGCAAUUUCCAGGACUUCAUCAUUCCCGACGCUGAAUUCGAGGCCCUGGAUAAGCUUGACCGCAACCAGAGAUAUAAUUUCCCGUUCCGUUGGGGUAUUGAUGUGUUCGGGGAAGUGGGCGCCGAGGAAGCUGAGAGGCGCGCGGAGGAACAUGCUGCGAAGCAGAGGGAGGGUGCUUAGAUUUUGACAGAGUUUCAGAGCUCAGAUAUAUGGAGAGAAAGCAUUGAUUCAGUUAUCUGAGAGACAAAGGGAAGCCUUCGUAUAGCUGGGCGUCAGGUAAUGUACUACUAGUAAAGCCGAUCAGCUCGGACAGACUUCACUUGUUGUUUUGAGGCUUAUGUUAUAGAUUUCUGUAUAUAUGUCGUGCUCGAUGAUGUCUGUACAUCUAUUUGAUUAUCGAGCAGUGUCUGACUUAUAUGGUGAUCGAAC